GCGCGUGUGUUCGUUCGAUCGUUGAACGAAUUUCCUCGUCCCUCUCCUCAUCCCCCCCCCCCAGACCCCUUUUUCUUUUCCUUUUUCUUUUUUUUUUAUCCGCUGAGUUUUCCUUAAAAAAUUUUCCCUUAAUUAAAAAUCCUUAAUAAAUUUUGAUCGUUAUAUAUCGUUAUCGGUAGUAUCGUUACGCGGUUGUUGAAUAUUUUGGGGAUCAAGUUUUGCGAUCAUCGUUGUGUGUAGACGCGAAAAAUUUGACAUUUUGACAAUUUUUUUGAAGUGAUAUAUAUAUAUAUAUAUAUAUAUAUAUAUGUAUAUAUGUAUAUGUAUAUGUAUAGAUAAUAUCGUGUGAACAGAGAGACAAGGUGAAACCAAGAAGAAAGAGAAGCAGAUAUUAAAGGUGACGUGUGGAUAGAUAUCACGGCAAGAUGGGCUCGUAUGGAAUCAGCACAGCUGCAGCUGCUGCAACUGCAGCCCUGAUACUUGCGGCUAUGUUAACUGGUGGUCACGCUGCAUUGGCAAGAAUAGCAUUUGAGAAAUUGACUGAUUACGAUUAUCGUGGAACAACCUAUUACAGCGUGAGAAAUUUAUCAUUGUAUGAGUGUCAAGGUUGGUGUCGAGAAGAAGCUGAAUGUCAAGCUGCAGCAUUUUCCUUCGUUGUAAAUCCUUUAGCACCGAUGCAAGAUACACUUUGUCAAUUGCAAAAUGAAACUGCAGCAUCAAAUCCGGCAGCACAACCACAACGUGCUGUUAAUAUGUAUUACAUGACGAAAUUGCAAAUAAGAUCUGAAAACGUAUGUCUUCGACCAUGGUCAUUCGAACGUAUCCCAAACAAAAUGAUUCGUGGAUUGGACAAUGCAUUGAUUUACACCUCAACAAAAGAAGCUUGUUUAGCUGCAUGUUUGAACGAGCACAGAUUUUCAUGUCGAUCACUUGAAUACAAUUACGUAACACUACAAUGUCACCUGAGUGAUUCCGAUCGACGAACAACCGGACAAUACGUUCAAUUUGUUGAUGCACAAGGUGUUGAUUAUUUCGAAAAUCUUUGUUUAAAAGGAAAAGAAGCAUGCAAAUCACAAAGGAUCUUUCAAAUACCUCGAAUUGGUGUUGCCGAUGACAAAGUUGCACAAUACGCUGGUCUACAUUAUUACACUGAUAAAGAAUUGCAAGUUCAAAGUGAAUCGGCAUGCAGAUUGGCAUGUGAAAUCGAAAAUGAAUUCCUUUGUAGAUCAUUUCUUUAUCGUGGUGCACCUCAAGGUUCAGCAUACAAUUGUCACCUGUUUCAUUUGGAUCAUUGGACUUUACCUGAUGGUCCAUCGACUUAUCUCAACGCUGAAAGACCAUUGAUCGAUAACGGUGAACGCGUUGGAACAUAUUUUGAAAACUUUUGCGAAAAAGGAACUGGACCCCUGGCAGAUCCACUACCAGUUGUUUUUGAAACUACCGAAGAUCCUACGAUUAAUAAUCUGACAAGGAAUGACAUUAAUUGUGAUAAAACUGGCACCUGUUAUGAUGUAUCUGUGGAUUGCAAGGACACACGUAUUGCAGUUCAAGUUCGUACAAAUAAACCAUUCAAUGGUAGAAUCUAUGCCCUGGGUCGUUCAGAAACUUGCAACAUUGAUGUCAUCAACAGUGAUUUGUUCAGACUCGAUUUGACGAUGAGUGGUCAAGAUUGCAAUACUCAAAGUGUUCGUGACGGUUUUCAGACUGGCAUCUACUCAAACACAGUGGUACUGCAACAUCAUUCGGUGGUCAUGACAAAGGCUGAUAAAAUUUACAAGGUUAAAUGUACAUACGACAUGUCAUCCAAGAACAUAACCUUCGGGAUGAUGCCAAUCAGAGAUCCGGAAAUGAUUAGCAUUACUAGCGCACCUGAAGCACCACCACCAAGGAUACGCAUUCUUGAUAGCAGAUCACGUGAAGUUGAAACUGUUAGAAUAGGAGAUAAAUUGACAUUUAGGAUUGAAAUUCCCGAAGACACACCAUACGGAAUCUUUGCUCGCAGCUGCGUUGCUAUGGCCAAAGACUCUAAAAGCACAUUCCAAAUAAUCGACGACGAAGGAUGUCCAGUUGAUCCCUCAAUCUUCCCAAGUUUCACGCCAGACGGUAACGCCUUACAAUCUGUUUACGAAGCCUUCAGGUUUACGGAAUCUUAUGGUGUCAUUUUCCAAUGUAACGUCAAGUAUUGUCUUGGACCAUGUGAACCGGCUGUUUGCGAAUGGGGACGUGAGUCUGUUGAGUCAUGGGGCAAAAGACGUAAAAGGUACGUCAUGAAUGCUACUGAAGAAAAAGCUGAGGACAUGACACUGUCUCAAGAAAUUUUGGUAUUGGACUUUGGUGAUGAAAAACAAUCGGAGUUUCUUAAAAAUGACGCUAGCAUAGACUUCAAUGAAGCAGAUAAAACUGUGACCAUCGUAGAACCAUGUCCAACAAAAACGUCAGUACUAGCAUUGGGUGUUACGUGUGCUUUAUUGGUUCUCAUCUACAUUUCAACGAUUUUCUGCUAUUACAUGAAAAAAUGGUUGUCACCACGAAAGAUGAUGCCUUGAAUUGACGACUAUAUACGUUCUUAAGAAAAAUGAACAAAUGGCAAUUGAUUUUAAUAGAGGAAAACACUUUUUAUACGAUAUACAAGCAUACAUCACACGUACACAUAUACACAUAUACACAUAUACUCAUACAAAUUUUACCUGCGGCAAUAUUAAACAUAGCAUUGCAUACGUGAGAAACAUCACGAUGCAAAUUAAACGAUUAAAAAAAAAAAAA